AUGAUUAUUGUCCGCUGCCUCCUUGCCAUUGCUGCUUGUCAAGGUUGGUCUCUUCACCAACUUGAAGUUAAUAAUGCUUUUCUUAAUGGUGAUUUGCAAGAAGAGUUCAAGCCUCUCGUCAAUGGUUUGCCAAGUUUACAGAAGCAAUUCUUGCUGCCGGAUUCACUCAAUCAAAAGUUUACUAUUCUCUCUGUUCAAAAGGUUGGUAAUUCCCUCACAGUAUUAUUAAUUUAUGUUGAUGACACCCUCAUUACUGGGAACAACCUUGACUCUAUUAAAGCUCUCAAACAAUUUCUUCACACCCACUUUCGCAUCAAAGAUUUGGGUGAACUUAAAUACUUCCUUGGACUUGUGAUUGCUCGUUCAAAAAAGGGCAUUUAUAUAUCUCAACGCAAGUAUGCUUUAGAAAUUAUCAAGGACACUGGAUUUUUGGGUGUAAAGCCAAUUGAUUUUCCCAUGGAAGAAGCCAAAUUAUCAAAUAGAGGUGAGCUACUUAAGGAUCCGGCUGCAUAUAGACGUUUGGUUGGACGGCUUAUAUAUCUUACAAUCACAAGACCAGACAUUACCUAUUAUGUUCAUGUUCUUAGUAGAUUCAUGCAUGAGCCGCGUCAACCUCAUAUGGCUGCUGCACUUCGAGUUGUCAGAUAUUUAAAAUCCUCUCCUGGCCAAGGUUUGCUUUUAAGUUCCAAUAGCAAUUUGAAUUUGAGAGCUUUUUGUGAUUUAGAUUGGGCGGGUUGUCCUGUUACUCGUCGGUCUACUACUGGAUAUUGUGUUUUCUUAGGAGAUUCUUUGAUCUCAUGGCGUACCAAAAGACAAAAGAUGGUCUCAUUGUCUAGUGCCGAGGCCGAGUAUAAAGCAAUGGCUGGUACAUGUUGUGAACUCACUUGGCUACAAUAUUUGUUUGCUGAUUUACAUAUGCCUAUUUCUAGACCUGCUAUUUUGCAUUGUGAUAAUCAAGAAGCUCUACACAUAGCCGCAAACCCAGUUUUUCAUGAGAGAACACGUCAUAUUGAAAUGGAUUGUCAUUUUAUUCGAGACAAGAUAUUGAACGGUUCAGUCAGCACCAGAUACGUUGGUUCUUUACAACAGUUAGCAGAUAUAUUCACAAAGGCAUUGGGCAAAGACAAGUUCAAAGCAUUGUUAUGCAAGUUGGGAGUGCUUGAUAUUCACUCUCCAACUUGA